AUGUCGGCCUAUCAUCCCAAACAGCCGCCUGCCCCUCAACCCACACGCGUCUUCUUUGACCCGUUCAACUCGUCGUCCACGGGCCACCAACGUGCCGAAAAUCGACUGUCGGGGUCCACCUCCUGGCGCGACUCUCGCACCUACAAACUCGCGCACCAAUUCAAGGACACGACCGGCCGUGGCGGCCACCAACAUCUCGCUGAUUUAGUGGGUGCGGGGAGUGAGAAUUUUGGCCAGGAUGGACGCAAGGCGAAUGGCGACUGCCAGGAGACUGCGCAGGACAAGGGAUGGCAGGAUAUCAGAGAUCUGAUGGGUGGCACUAAGAAACGACCGAGUGGGAUAAUAUUAAUAGAAGACACCGGAUCUGCCUGCAAGCGACCGAAGACAAGCCACGAUGGCCCCCAACUCCGCCACAAGGAUAACACAGACUCUUCCCAUUUGGGACAACGACAGCAAGACGGCCUAGACACUAAUACUCUGCAAUCUCAAUCUCAACCUCAACCGCCCCAGAUCUUCCGCAACUUGACCAUCUACCUCAACGGAAGUUCCUUUCCUGUUAUCUCGGACCAUAAGCUCAAGCACGUCUUUGCCCAGCACGGCGGCAACACCUCCAUUUCUCUCGGCCGUCGGACCGUCACGCACGUCAUCUUGGGCAACACCGCCGCAGGCGGGGGCGGCUUAGCGAGCGGCAAGAUCCAGAAGGAGGUGCACCUGGUGCACGGAAAGGGCGUGAAGUAUGUCACGGCGCAGUGGGUGGUGGACAGCGUUGCCAGAGGCGUCAGACAGCCCGAGAGCAAGUACGUGCCGGACGGGGUGGGCGGGAGGAUUGGAGGGAGCGGGCAGGUGAGUGUCAGGCAGAUGUUCCAGCGUAAAGGAUGA